GGCGUGGCCAUCCCGGAGGCGGGGCCAAUGGGAGGCGGGGCUUUGCGUCAGCCCCGCCCCGGGCCGCGGCGCUCAGUCGGGCGGCGGCGGCAGGCGGCGGAGGCGGCUCCGCCGGGCUGAGGAGCGGACACGGGGACGCGGCUCGGGAUCGCGACACGAUGAGGCGAGUGGUACGACAGAGCAAAUUCCGGCACGUGUUUGGCCAGGCGGUGAAAAACGACCAGUGUUACGACGACAUCCGCGUGUCCCGUGUCACUUGGGAUAGCUCCUUUUGUGCAGUUAACCCCCGAUUCGUUGCAAUAAUAGUAGAUGCUAGCGGCGGCGGGGCCUUCCUCGUGCUGCCUUUGCACAAGACAGGCAGAAUUGACAAGUCCUACCCCACAGUGUGUGGCCACACAGGACCGGUGCUGGACAUCGACUGGUGUCCUCAUAAUGACCAGGUCAUCGCCAGCGGCUCCGAGGACUGCACUGUCAUGGUGUGGCAGAUUCCCGAGAAUGGGCUCACCCUGUCCCUGACAGAGCCAGUGGUGGUGUUAGAAGGUCAUUCCAAGCGAGUUGGCAUUGUGGCUUGGCACCCGACGGCACGCAACGUGCUGCUCAGCGCAGGUUGUGAUAAUGCAAUCAUCAUCUGGAAUGUGGGAACAGGUGAAGCCCUCAUAAACUUGGAUGACAUGCAUGUGGAUAUGAUUUACAAUGUGAGCUGGAAUCGCAACGGCAGCCUCAUCUGUACAGCUUCCAAAGACAAAAAAGUUCGAGUUAUUGACCCCAGGAAACAAGAAAUUGUUGCUGAGAAGGAGAAAACCCAUGAGGGAGCCCGGCCCAUGCGAGCCAUUUUCCUUGCUGAUGGAAACAUCUUCACAACUGGCUUCAGCCGCAUGAGCGAACGGCAGCUUGCCCUUUGGAAUCCAAAAAACAUGGAGGAGCCAAUAGCUCUUCAUGAGAUGGACACCAGCAAUGGGGUCCUGCUGCCGUUCUACGAUCCAGAUACCAACAUCAUUUACUUGUGUGGCAAGGGUGACAGCAGCAUUCGCUACUUUGAGAUCACGGAUGAAUCCCCCUAUGUUCACUACCUCAACACCUUCAGCAGCAAAGAGCCGCAGAGGGGCAUGGGGUUCAUGCCAAAGAGGGGCCUUGAUGUGAACAAGUGUGAGAUUGCCAGGUUCUUCAAGCUUCACGAGAGGAAAUGUGAGCCCAUCAUCAUGACGGUUCCUCGAAAGUCGGACCUCUUCCAGGAUGACCUGUACCCUGAUACAGCCGGUCCAGAGGCAGCUCUGGAAGCAGAGGAGUGGUUUGAGGGGAAGAAUGCCGAUCCCCUCCUCAUCUCCUUGAAGCAUGGGUACAUUCCAGGCAAGAACAGGGAUCUAAAGGUGGUCAAGAAGAACAUACUGGACAACAAGCCUGCAGCAAACAAGAAAAGUGAUCUCAUAAAUGCUCCAAAGAAAGCAGCUGAUGCCUCAAACACUCAAAACGAAGCCAAAUUGGAUGAGAUUUUGAAAGAGCUGAAAUCCAUCAAAGACACCAUCACCAACCAGGACGAGCGCAUUUCCAAGCUGGAGCAGCAGAUGGCAAAGAUCGCGGACUGAGCGGGGCGCCAGCCCAGGCACAUCCCAGUUCCCAGUUGAGCAAGCAGCAGCCUGCAGCAUUCCAGUCCGAGCUUUCCUGUUCUCCUCAGUUCACGUCAACGAGAGCGAUGAUUUCAAGCCAAGCUUUUUAGUGAAAGAUCUUUUUUCUUUUUUUCCUGAUGUUUUGAUGAAUUUUGUGACUGUGUCAACCAAGGCCACAAGAAAUAAGUGCUACUUUGACAGGGUUUUAUUUCCCCUCCCAGAUGUUCUUGACGACACAUCCAUCCUGACUCUCGAUGUUGUGCCCAGAGAUCUUUUUUCUAGAUGUAGGGACCAAGGCCACAUUGUUCUUAACCAUUUUUUAAAGUUGCCAAAAAAAAAAAAAAAAAGAAAAGAGGAAAAAAAAAAAAAAAAAAGAAAAAAAAAGUUGCUUUUUAUUUUCCUGAUUUGCCACUUUUGCAGUAUUUGUGUUUUCAAUUCCCAGGGACAGCACGGCCUGUGUGUGUGCGUGUGUGUGUGCUGGGUGUUUCUACUGUUCAGAGAACAAAACUGAAGCUAUUUUGUAUAAACCUUAGGUUCUGAGCAGUC